AUGAGAACCGGUGGAUGUAUUUAUGUUUAUGAAUUGUAUGAUAAAGAAGAACUUCGAAAUGAAAAGAAUAUUAUGGCGACGUUCUAUUUGCAAACUCUACUCGUUUGUAAUGGAGCAGAAAGAAAUAAUCAAAGAUGGAGAGAUAUUGGUGAAAAAGUUGGAUUAAAAGUAGAGUUUGAAGUAAUUCCAAAUCAUUUCUUUUUAAAAUUUGUUUUACAAAAAAGAAUACAACAAAUCGCCAUUAUUGUAAUUUGGAACAAGAUUUGCUGUUCAUGA